GGGUUCUGUUGGUGGGUUCUAUGGCUGGAAGGUCAGUCUGCAGUGGAAGAUGGGGAACUAUCGUCGUACUCUGCGAGCAGCAGGUUGUCCCGAAGUAAAGAUAAAUUCUUUAAAACACAAACAUGGUGAAAAUACAAAUACCAAGAAAGUCAAAAAGCCCAGGAAGGCUGAAGUCAAUUUUUAUCCUGAUUAUCCAGCUGGAGAGAACAAACGAAGCCUAGAAGAAGAACGUUUAGCAUUGCUGUCUGAGGUUCAGAAAAAUGACAACUAUCAAAUUAUUAAACAAAAAAUGGAAAAAACAUUUGCUUACAGAAGACAUGAAGUAAUUGAAGAUGUGCCCUUCAUUGUUGACUUCCAAAGCAGAUGGCCUGCUCUGUUUUGUGAAUAUGAGAUUGCUGCUGAGUUCACUCGAAUCAACACCAUCCCACUAAUUCAAACAUUUAUGUCAAAACUGGAUUGUUACACAAGCAAGCUGACCAGCAUCUACCGAAGAAAAGGAGGAGUUGCAGGACGUAAAAUUAGCAAAUUAAUGGCUGCCAUUGACCAGAAUGAUACCAUCUCAACUCGGAGAGCGUGCAUUGUCAGAGCACUUUCUGUGUAUCUAAAUGAAGACUAUGAAAACCUCAUGAAGGAGUAUGCAGACGCAGACUCUGAGAAUGCAGAAAGAGACAUGGCCAACACAGUCAUUGGAAUUUACAUCAUCAGACCUGAAGAUGCAGAAGUCUGUGACCUACCAUCAGAUGUUGGACUCAUUGUUGAGGGAGUGAAAGUCCUUCAAAAUCUUGCCGAUGUCACCAAGGCUUGUGCUCUUCUUUUGGGAGUCAUAUACAGCUUGAAUCUCAGCUAUCCACCAGACCUAAAGUACACUUUUGAGUUCUUUCAAAAAGUGUUACUAGGACUUGAUGCACAGAAACUUUCACACAAAAUACAGGUGCUCAAAAACAAACUUGUUGAUUGAAUCAUCACAUCUUUAUUUCUUUCAUUUUGUUUUUCCGAGAUCUGUGACGGUUAAAUUGUCUGUGGUUUUAAAAAUUAGGGGCCAGUUUUAAUGUUACCAUUGUUGAUGGCCAUUUGGAGUUUUGCAACUUUUUGGAGCAUGCUGCCUAUCUUAAGCAGACUUGUUUUAUUGUUUUUAGGAACUGUGAACUUGAAAUUGUUUGCAAGUUGUUUACAAAAAAAUGGAGGCCAGUUUUAAUGUUUCCUUUACCAAAGCUUCCAAACAUUUUAAAUAUAAAAAAAUUUAAUGUCGCAGCAUUUUAUGGUGUGCUCCCUGACUUGAACAAAAUUUCCUUUUGUUUUAUUUUUCUAAUUAAAAUUAUUUAUUAUUAUAUUUGAAGGCAGUUGCACAUUGUAUGACUUUGGGAAGAAUGUAGGCAGUUGAAUAGAAUUUUUUUUUUUUUUUUAACAAACUGUGACAUUUAAGCUGUUUGUGGUCAUUUACAAAAAUAGAGUCCAGUGUUAAUUGUUGGCACAAAGGAUCUGAAAUAUCAGACAGGGAGUUGUGCAGCAUUUGGAGGUAUCCUGUUUAAUUUCAACAGACAUUUGAUCAAAGUAAGAUUUUUAUAAUUUCUUGAAGACAGUUGCACUUUAAAAGAACUUGUAAAGAAUGUUUACUAUUUAAAUGAUUAUGUUGUAGUCUAAUUGUUUCCAAGGACCUGGUUGUCUAU